AUGGGUUCUUUUUCUAUGGUGUCAAGAUUAAUUUUGUUGUCCUUUUUUUCGUUCUUGGUCACAACUGGGAACUCCCAAUCUGGCGAUGCUGCAGUUAUGCAAGACUUGAAGAAGAGCAUAAACGCGCCUAGUUCGCUCGAUUGGACUGACCCGGAUCCCUGCAAAUGGAUGAAAGUGCAGUGCUCUAAAAAUGAUAACCGGGUCAUCCGGAUCCAAAUUGGGCGUCAGGGUCUUAAAGGGUCUCUUCCACCUAACCUCAAUAAGCUCACUUCUUUACAGUAUUUCGAAGUUCAGUUUAAUGAACUCACUGGGUCACUUCCGAGUUUCGCCGGUUUGUCAUCGCUCCAGUCCCUUCUGCUCAACAACAACAGUUUCACCUUCAUACCGCCGGAUUUCUUCAACGGUAUGACAUCAUUACAGCAAGUUUACUUGGAUUAUAACCCCUUUUCGUCCUGGACAAUUCCGGAUAAUCUUAAGAGUGCUUCAACUUUGCAAACGUUUUCAGCAACUUCUGCAAAUAUUUCUGGGCCAUUGCCUGAUUUUUUUGGGGGCGGUACAUUUUCGAGCCUAGUAAAUUUACAUUUAGCCUUCAAUUAUCUCGAAGGCCCUUUACCGUCCACAUUGUCUGGCUCAUCCAUACAGUCUUUAUGGUUCAAUGGUCAGAAAAGUAAUUCAAGAUUGAACGGUUCUAUCGCUGUUUUACAAAACAUGACGCAAUUGACUCAGGUUUGGUUGCACGGAAAUUCAUUCUCAGGACCCUUACCAGACUUUUCAGGCUUCACCCAGUUGCAAAAUUUGAGUUUAAGGGAUAAUAGUUUGACAGGCCCGGUGCCAACAUCUUUGCUUGGACUGAAAUCACUGAUGGUGGUGAAUUUAACUAACAAUUUGUUGCAAGGGCCAACCCCGGAAUUUGGCAAUUCAGUGCAGGUGGAUAUGACGGAGCAAACUAAUAGUUUCUGUUUAUCUGCUCCUGGAGUUGAAUGUGAUUCCCGUGUUAAUAUUUUGCUUUCCGUGGCUCGGGAUGUGGGGUAUCCUAGAACAUUUGCUGAGAACUGGAAAGGGAAUAGUCCAUGUGCAUGGAUAGGGAUCACUUGUAACGGUGAGAACAUUACUGUGGUCAAUUUUCAAAGAAUGAGUCUCACUGGAACUAUUUCCCCUAAUUUUUCGGAGAUCACAUCACUGCAGAAGUUGCUUUUGGCUAAUAAUAACUUGACUGGAACUAUUCCAAAUGAGCUAACCAGCUUGCCCAAUCUUAAUGAGUUGGACGUUUCGAAUAAUCAGAUUAAUGGGAAAAUUCCAAAGUUUCGGAGUAAUGUACUUUUGAAGACUACUGGAAAUGUUGAUAUUGGGAAGGAUGCUCCACCUACAAAUUCCCCUGGUGGGAAGCCCUCUGGGAAUUCACCUGGAUCGUCUUCUGGGGGAGGUAGAGGAGCAGAGGGUGCUGGAGAAAAGAAAUCAUCCAAUGGAGUGCUGGUGGGAUCAGUGAUUGGUGGUGUUUGUACACUUGUCUUUGCUGGGGCUUUAGUUUUCUGUUUUUACAGAACUAAACGCAAGCGUUCUGGUAGAGUACAGUCUCCUCAUGCCCUAGUUUUACAUCCUCGUCACUCAGGGUCAGAAGAUGCUGUCAAGAUUACUGUUGCUGGUUCAAGCAUUAACAGUGGGACAAGCGAGCCUUAUAGUCAUGGAAGCAGUGGUCCAAGUGAUAUUCAUAUUAUUGAGGCUGGUAAUAUGAUUAUCUCUAUUCAGUUGCUGAAAGAAGUGACGAAUAAUUUCAGCGAAGAAAAUAUACUGGGAAGAGGUGGAUUUGGAACUGUCUAUAAAGGGGAGUUGCCUGACGCAACUAAGAUAGCAGUUAAGCGGAUGGAAUCUGGAGUGAUGAGUGAGAAGGGUUUGGACGAGUUCAAGUCUGAGAUUGCUGUUCUUACGAAAGUUCGACAUAGGCAUUUAGUUGCACUUUUAGGAUACGGCUUAGAUAAAACUGAGAGGCUGCUUGUCUACGAAUACAUGCCUCAGGGGACACUCAGUAGGUAUUUAUUUAAUUGGAAGGAAGAAGGUUUGAAACCACUAGAAUGGACCAAAAGGUUAACCAUUGCUUUGGAUGUGGCCAGAGGUGUUGAGUAUCUACAUGGUUUAGCGCAACAAAGUUUUAUUCAUAGGGAUCUGAAACCAUCCAACAUACUCCUGGGAGACGAUAUGAGGGCUAAAGUUGCAGAUUUUGGACUUGUUCGUCUUGCUCCGGAUGGGAAAGCCUCACUUGUUACUAGAUUAGCUGGAACCUUUGGUUAUCUUGCACCAGAAUAUGCAGUGACGGGCCGAGUGACUACUAAGAUUGACGUCUUCGGCUUUGGUGUGAUUCUAAUGGAGAUGAUCACCGGAAGAAAAGCUUUAGAUGAAAACCUUCCGGACGAUAGACAACAUCUCGUCCCAUGGUUUCGAAGGGCGCUCCUCGACAAGGACCAGUUCCGUAAAGCCAUUGACCCAACACUUGAUCUGGAUGAAGAAACUCUUGCUAGUAUCAACACAGUUGCUGAGCUGGCAGGUCACUGCUGUGCUCGGGAACCUAAUCAGAGACCCGACAUGGGUCAUGCCGUCAAUGUGCUUUCGUCGCUUGCUGAGCUCUGGAAACCAACGGAACCUACUGAUCCAGACGAUAUAUAUGGAAUUGAUUAUGAUAUGACAUUACCUCAAGUAGUCAAGAAAUGGCAGGCUUUGGAAGGAAUGAGUGGCAUGGAUGGUUCGUCCUCUUACCUUGGUAGCACUGAUAACACUCAUUCGAGUAUACCCACUCGGCCAUCUGGGUUCGCAGAUUCUUUUACAUCUGCAGAUGGUCGAUGA